GAGGCGAUCCUGAGCACAGAGGACGUCCUAGCAUUGGGUCCCGAUGAGGUUGCACAAGUCUUGUCUCACGACCGCCAGCUGCUGGCCACCGUGACUGCGCGCCUCUCCAGUGGCAAGGAGCUCGCGGACCUGGUCUUCGACACAGACUCUGUAGAGUUGCCGCAGGGCAGGCCCACAGAGAAG